UCCGUGACCCGCCAUGAAACCUUCCACAUGCAAGCUGGCCCCCUACAAGCGCCACUAGAAACACCCAGGCAGCAUCCGCGGCCCUGGUAUUUCUGUGCGGCUCCGAGGAUACAGCUAUGGACGUGUAACCAUAACAACUGUGUUCUGAUUGGCUCUCCAGGCAACGGGAAUUAACAGGGGCGUCGUCCAAUCUGAGCGCAGGACGCGCGUCGCGCUGGCAAAACCUCGUGAUAACCCAGGCACAGUGAUGCUGAAAGUGGCGACGUGAGGUGAGCCCGAAGGAAAUGACUGGACCCAAAACAAAGCACGAGCGAAGGGAUGAAAUAUCCGAAAUAAACACGUGUGAAUGAUGAUGAUGUUUUAACUGUGUGCUCGUGAGAAAACAUGCCCGGUUUGUCCAUUACGCAGUCCAUCAGCUGGCGCGGCUGAAAUCUCUCCUCCUCUCCUCUGGAUUGUGGAUUGUGACAAGUGCCAGGACAGCCACCAAAACAGGACCAGGACUACAACAAUUCCCGGGGAUUGUCAGUCCGCUGCCUUUGAACGGGAGCUUCUUCCAGUUUUCAGCCUGACAGCGCACCUCCCGGAGCCAAGACGUUGUUCCGCGUAGACCCGGGUUAUCCGAGCAGCGCAGUCCGUGUGGGAAGGUCGGCACUCGGCGUCCUGCAGGCCGGAGACAUGAUGGUCCACUGUGCCGGGUGCGAACGGCCCAUCCUGGACCGGUUCCUCCUCAACGUGCUGGACAGAGCCUGGCACGCCAAGUGCGUCCAGUGCUGUGAGUGCAACUGCAACCUCACCGAGAAGUGCUUCUCCAGGGACGGGAAGCUCUAUUGCAAAAUGGACUUUUUCAGGCGGUUUGGCACAAAAUGCGCGGGCUGUCUGCAGGGAAUCUCGCCAAACGACUUGGUGCGCAAAGCCCGCAGCAAGGUGUUUCAUCUGAACUGCUUCACCUGCAUGGUGUGUAACAAGCAGCUGUCCACGGGAGAGGAACUCUAUGUGAUAGACGAAAACAAGUUUGUGUGCAAAGAAGAUUAUGUGAGCUCCGGGGCCAUUAAAGAAGUCAACUUGAACUCAGUGUCGUCGUGUACGGAUAGGAGUUUAUCGCCGGAUCUGCAGGACCCAAUACAGGACGACAUAAAAGAGACGGACAAUUCAACGUCCUCAGAUAAGGAAACGAACAAUAUUGAGAAUGAGGAGCAGAACUCGGGGACCAAAAGGCGGGGGCCCCGGACCACCAUCAAGGCCAAGCAGCUGGAAACGUUAAAGGCCGCGUUUGUCGCCACGCCGAAGCCGACCCGGCACAUCCGAGAACAGCUGGCCCAGGAAACGGGACUGAACAUGCGGGUCAUCCAGGUUUGGUUCCAGAACAGAAGAUCCAAAGAGCGACGAAUGAAGCAGCUGAGUGCUCUGGGAGCCCGACGGCACGCCUUCUUCAGGGGCCCGAGGAGGAUGAGGCCCCUGGGAGGCAGGCUGGAGGAUCCAGACAUUUUAGGACCUGGGGCCUACGGUUACUAUGGAGAAUACCAAGGUGACUAUUACACACCAGGAAGUAACUACGACUUCUUCCCCCACGGCCCCCCAUCCUCGCAGGCUCAGUCUCCGGCCGAGUCCCCCUAUAUCCUCAGCUCUGGAGGAGCCAUGGAGGGAUCAGGCCACCACCCUUCAGAUGACCAAAGGUUCACGGACAUGAUCUCCCACGCAGAAACCCCCAGUCCGGAGCCGGGCUUACCGAGCUCCCUGCAGCCUGUCCCGGGGGAGGCUUACGGGGGCGGACCCAGUCCUCCUUUCUCCUUGGCUAGUAACUCCAGCUACAGCGCUCCUAUGUCCCACCAAGGCCAGGAGAUGGGGGAAACCACAGCCUGGUAAAGGACAAACCACAGGGACCAUUCCUGGGCUGAAUGUCAGCCUAGUUAAUUCAGGAGAUGAACUGGAAAAACAACCCACAUUGUGGAGUGAAAAGUACAGCUGAAAUUUCUAUGGAGGACUUUUUAAAAAUCACAACUGAUUUUCACCACUGACGAACUGAUGGAAACACAGAAAGAAUGGGACAGCUUGUUGGAAAGAGUAAUAUUCGCUGCCCAGUAGACACUCCAAAGCAUAUCCCUUCCUGGAUUACUGGACUUGAAUUAUUUGAAAAAAAAGGUUGCGAUUCCACCCAGCAAAAAUGCUUCUCGCCUUCCCCUUGAUGUUACCGAAGGUAUAAUGCUCUAGGAACACAUUAGAGAGAAAUGCCAAAGGGGACAUCUUUAGUUCUCUUAAUUUCUGAACACAUUUUGCUUCAAAGCAACAUUUGGUUUUUUCAUUCUGUUGUUCCACACCUGUCUAACACACUCUACCCUCAAUAUUAAAAAGAAGACAAAGGACCAGCUUUAAUGUUCACAUUCAAACACGUAUGUGGCAAUCAAGACACGAUAUUUUUAGUUAAAAAAACGCUGCUUUAAACGCUCUGUACACCUCUGUAAGAGAAUUUGUCAAAUCAAAGGCUGCUCCUUGGUAGAAACUGACACACAUAUACACACACACCUCUGGCAUUGACUUUCUCUACCAAACAUCUCAGCUAUAAGUCCAUUAAUGCACAAAAAGUGUUCUUGAUCAUAGCUCUAAAGAAGGAUGUCUAUACCAUUAUUCAAAACACGUACACAAUUAUACAGACACUUGUACUCACUCAAGCAUGCACACGCACACACACACACACACACACACACACACACACACAAAUCUCACACCCACCCAGCCGGCCCUGAUAGUUCUGCUCUACAGACUGCUUCACCUGACCUUCCUUUUGUUACUGUCCCUUUUAAAAAACAUGUUUUAAUGGAAAUGAUUUUCAAAAGAACAUUGAACCCAUAAUGGAGAAUCUCCUUCAACAGCUGAGGUCUCCUUCCUCUAAAGAGAGAAAACAAAAGAGGGGGCAGACAACAUCUGUGACAUUACCACUGUCUGCUCUGAAGCACUCAUUGCCAUCUAGUGGCCUUAAAACACAGAAUUAAAAAUCAGCUCAAAGCAGCAGAGAGUCCGGCUGUGUGCACGUGAACAUCUUUGUACUGCAGAGGACAAAUUAUUAUUAUUUUCUUUUUUUUACUUCUAAAUAAUGCCAAUAGAUUAUUCUGCAGUUUCAGGGCCAAGUGUCAUCAGGGCUCCUAUUUGAAAAAGUCAGCCUUUGUGGAACUACAUUAAAGGAAACCUCAUGUUCAUCUCUCCUUAUAAUGCUGCUUCUGAAAGGAGACAUACAGCCCAAGUUAGCUGAUAUUAUUCAAUACAAAACCUCCCCGCAGUUCCUCAUUUCACACCUAUUUCGUCUUUACUCUUUCAGCUCUGUUUCAUCAUA